AAAAGUACCUCUCUCAUAUGUGAUUUUCCUCUUUCUUUCUCCUUCUUUUUUUUCUUUUUCUUUUUCUUUUUUUUUUCUCCUUUGCCUCUUCACUCCACUUCAAAGAGUCCCUUGGUUCCACCUUUCUACUCUCCACAUCAUCCUCUCUUUCACCGAAACGCUCUUGUUCGUGAUCGAGCUAUCUUUCUUUAGUCUUCGCAAGAGCACUCACGCACAACCUUACGCUUUUACGUUCAUACUAUUCAUCUCUCCAUCAUGAACUCUACUAACUCAGAGUUAAAGGGAGAGGAACCUCAUUUCCAAAACAACGUGGACCAGCAACCAGACGGACGCGAUGCCACUAUUUCAAAGAUUCUGGAUCGCUCCCUCUUCAGCCGCAAAGAAUACUUAUUUCUUGUUUCUGGAGUGUUGAUUCAGGCCUUCAUUUACUCCUUUGAGGUCAACUUAAUGUACAACUGCCAGGGAGCUAUUGUUGCCCGUUUUGAGGAGUCGUCGCGUAUCAGUAUCCUCCCCACGAUCCUUCAAAUUUUGUCUGCUGCUCUGGUUCCCUUCUAUACCAAGGUUUCGGAUGUUGUAGGUCGUGCUCAGGCCUUGACUGUUGCCAUGAUCUUUUAUUUGAUCGGAUACACAAUUCAGGGCACUUCUGUAGCAUUCCUGCAGUACGCUCUAGGUCAGAUCGCGUACGGAAUUGGUUCGACCGGUAUGCUGACUUUGACACAGGUUUUGAUUGCCGAUACCACUCUUCUUAUGAAUCGUGGUAUUGUCUUUGCUCUUUGGGACUUGCCCUCUGCCAUAAACAUCUUCACAACUCAACCAUUGACUGACCCUUUGACCGCUCCUGAUAAGAACUGGCGUAUGGUUUAUGUCAUCAUUGGUGUUCUUUCUGCCAUUGGAGCUAUUGCCAUCUUGACUCCUCUUUGGUAUUUGCAAAAGAAAGUUGAGCGCAAAGGCCAAAGCGUUAAGCGCCGCUCGAUUCUUUGGUUGUUGCACGAGUACGAUGUAAUUGGAGCUAUCUUGAUCACUGCUGGAAUGUCUCUGACUCUUUUGCCCAUGAUUUUGGCCCAAUCCUUUGAGGGUAACUGGAAAAACGGCAAGAUUCUGGGCAUGUUCAUAAGUGGUGUUAUUUGUUUGGCGCUUUUGGCUUUCUGGGAGAUCAAGUAUACAAACAGGCCCAUUAUGCCCAUGCGUAUCUGGGCUAACCCUACUUGCUUUGGAGGUCUUGUCGUCAACUUCUUUAUGACUGUCAUGGCCGCGAUGAACUGGCAAUACUAUACCUAUUACCUAAUGAUUUCACGUGAUCGUACCUAUGGUCAAGCCCUGUUGCUCGAACGUGGUUAUCAAGUAGCCUAUCUGGUCUUCCAGCUGUUGACCUCCCUUGCCAUGAGACGCUUCAACACCAUCCGUCCUUUUGUCUGGGUUGGCAUUGUUGUACACACGAUCGGUAUCGGCCUCAUGAUCCCCGCUCGCCUGCCUACUUCUUCGGAUGCCUUUGUCGUCAUCUCUCAGACUCUUGUCGGUGCUGCUGGUGGUAUGGCCAAUAUUGCCAGUUCUGUCGCUGUCACAGGUGCGGUUGAUAGGAAAGACAUUGCUAUCCUCAUUGGUGUGACUCAAAUUUUGGGAUCUUUCGGAAGCGCUUUCGGAGGUGCCUUAGCUGGAGGUGUCUGGACCCAGUAUUUGCCCGGCAAGUUGCGCCAGUAUGUAACUGGCCCUUAUGAUGAGAGGUUGGCUAUGGACUCCCCCAUUCUCUACAUCCCUACUUUGGAUCCUACCACCAAGGGACAGGUUAUCCGGGCUUGGGGUGACUCCCAGAUGUUAAUGUCGAUCAUCUCUAUGAGCUUGGCAGUAUUUGCCUGUUUCUCUACGAUCUUCAUGAAGCAUGUCGAUCUUCAUCAGGACCAGUUUGGCAACAACAACAUGGAGAAUGAGACCGAGUCCUCUGUUCCUGGUGCUAUCGAGGAGAAGCCCCAAAAGUCUGAGCUUUAAAAAAGCCAAUGCUUGCAUACAAAAAAAUACACUGAGAUGUGCGUUUAGUUCCUCUCUAGCGCACAAUAUUCCCCAAACUUCACUUUUUAUACAUCAUUUUCAUAAUUUUGCUGCUCGUUAGCUCGUUAGUAUCAUCAUAGUAUAGCCCUCCGAAGGAUGUAAUAAGGCAAAAUAGCAUUAAUAUAUCUUGUUUCUGUAGCAUAAUUAUAAUCUGUAUCUUGUGAUCAAUGUCGAUAACUUCUUGUCACAUUUUGGGAUGAACAAAGAAAAAGUAAAAA